AUGUCGAGAUUUUCUUUGAAAGGGCGCACAGCACUGGUUACAGGAGGUGCUCGGGGUUGCGGGCUAGCAUUUGCGCGGGGGCUCGCCGAGGCCGGCGCUGAUGUAGCUGUGUUUGAUGUUAUUUCGCCAGAGGAAGGAUUCCAUGCAAUCGAAAAGGAUUGCGGUGUCCGAACUGCGUAUUACAAAGUCGAUGUCUCAUCCCAGGAGUCUUUGCAAGAAGGGUUCGCUAGCUUCCAGAAGGAUUUUGAAAACGCUCUCGAUAUUUGCGUUCCUUGUGCUGGUAUUAAUCGACAUCUUCCAUUCCUCGAGUUUACCUACAAGGAUCAUCAGGAUCUACUAUCUAUCAAUGUCCUCGGGCUUUACUUCACUGCCCAGCUCGCAGCCAAGCAAAUGAUCGCGAACAAAACAAAGCACGGCAGCAUCGUGUUAGUCGCCAGUAUGGCGAGCCAUAUCGCUGUCCGCAGCCAGCUAUGUUCGGCUUAUUGUGGCACAAAGGGCGCAGUCAGAUCGAUGUGUCCCGCGAUCGCCAAAGAGCUGGCUGAAUAUGGUAUCCGAGUCAAUUCCAUCUCUCCAGGAUUCGUGAAAACAGAAAUGACCGCUUCAUUCCCCCAUUUGCUCGAGGGCUGGAAGUCCGAAGUCAUGAACGGUCGGAUUGCCGAACCAGAAGAUAUCAUGGGGGCGUGUGUAUUCCUCGCAAGCGACGCGAACCACGAAGGCUACAGAAUCGGCUCUGUCGAUGCUUCUACUACCGUUGUGGUGGUGGGCGCGGGACCGUCGGGGCUGAUGCUUGCAUGUAAUCUUGUUCGCUUUGGAAUCGCCGUGGUGAUUCUGGACGAUCGUCCCGACAAGACAUCCACAGGAAAGGCCGACGGAAUGCAACCUAAGACCAUCGAAACAUUCAGACAGCUUCGUUUGGCAGACCCAUUGCUGAGAAAUGGAGCUCGGGUUUACGACAUAUCCUUCUGGGAGUCAACUGCCAACGACUCACUUCGACGCACAGGUCGCAAAGUCCACUACCCCGAGCACGUUGGUGCCUCCGACCCUUAUAUCUUGCUAGCCCAUCAGGGGAUGGUUGAGGAGGUCAUGAUUGACGAUAUGGAGGCACGGGGUGUGUCUAUUACGCGGAAUAGCAAAUUCGUGUCUUGUUCGCCUGUGAAUGGAACGACACAAUUGGAUAUUAUCUAUGAGGAUGUCACCACAAAUACGGCUCACAAGAUCAGAGCGAAUUAUCUGGUUGGUUGCGAUGGAGCUCGAUCGAAGGUUCGAUCAUUCAUCCCGGAUGCUGAGCUCGAGGGCGAAUUAACAAACGCGGCGUGGGGAGUGCUGGAUGGUGUGAUCGAUACGGACUUCCCUGAUCUAUGGAGUAAAGUGGCCUUGCGGUCUCAUUCCGCUGGGUCGAUCUUAUGGAUUCCGCGCGAGAAGGGUAUGACUCGAUUAUAUGUGGAGUUGAGUUCCACCGACGGGGAGCGAGUGGAAAAAUCAAAGGCAACGACUGAAUAUGUCAUGAGUCGCGCGAGGGAGGCAAUGCAUCCGUUCAGCCUAGAGUGGAAGACAGUGGAGUGGUUUGGAACAUAUGUUGUGGGCCAGCGGGUUGCAAAACGCUUCAUGGAUUCAGAGGCAAAUAUAUUCAUUGCAGGAGACGCCGGCCACUGUCACUCUGCUCUUGCAGCCCAAGGUGCCAACACGAGUAUGCACGACAGCUUCAACCUCGCAUGGAAGCUCAACCUCCUAGUCCGAGGACUGGCCAAGCCUUCCUUACUCCACACCUACGAAGAAGAAAGACAAAAGAUAGCAUACGACCUCAUCAACUUCGAUGUUGAACACUGCAAAGCGUUCGCAGCAGGCGAUGAAGAAUUGGCCAAGAACUUCGACAGCAAUAUUCGGUUCAUAUCCGGCAUUGGAGCCGAAUAUGCUCCGGGAAUGUUGACACAAGCGCCAACCACCACAUUUCGCCUCCAGCCUGGAAUGCUUCAGCUGCCAGCUAAGGUCACUCGCUAUAUUGAUGCUAACCCAGUCGAUAUCGAGUUGGAUGUUCCACUCUUGGGUCAAUUCAAGAUCUACAUCUUUGUGCCGAAUGUUUACCGCUCCCGGGAAUCGCUGGAGAAUAUAUGUGAACAGUUGCAAUAUAUUCUUGCUGGUGUCAGCGUGCGAGCAAAUCAGUCGUAUGAGAAACAUCCGAGGGGGCAUUCCCCGUCAGAUGAAUUUGUUCAGGCUCAGCGCUACACUUCUGUCUCCAAUGCUUUUACUUUCGCAAUGGUCACGCAAUCUUCCCAGUCUGAGUUUGAGAUCGCUGAUCUGCCAGAAAUACUGCAGGCUAGUCGGUGGACAUUAUAUGUCGACAAUAUUGGAGGGCCGAGUUGUACUGAGAAGUGGUUUGGGGAUUUGAACCAGGAGAAAAUUGGGAUCGCUGUUGUGAGGCCUGACGGAUAUGUUGGGGCUAUUGAUACUUGGGACACCGAACAAGUGGGUGUCAUAGGGCAGUGGUUGCAGGAUUAUUUCUCUUUCUUGGUAUAA